CCAUCGCAACCAUCUUCAAUGAGAGCAACAACGCAUGCAUAUCAGAUAACCACCCAAAAAUGACAACGAUUCACAUAUUACGCCAUGGCCAGGCUCUACACAACGUCGAAAGAGGCUAUCCCCACCGCGACCCUCCCCUAACAGACAUAGGCACGGCUCAAGCCCGCUUCAUUCAACAAACCAUAAAAAUCCAACCCGACCUAAUAAUCGUAUCACCAAUGACACGUACCAUACAAACAAUGUACAUCGUCUUCCGCUACCUCCUCCACAGCACAAAAACUCCCGUCCAAGUAUGGCCCGAUCUCCGCGAAGCCCACGACGCAACCUGCAACAAGGGAGUUUCACGCAAAGAAUUAGCAGAAAAGUUUCCAAACCUUGACUUUUCAGCUUGUCCGGAGAAGUGGGACUUUCCGCCGCAUACCCCGGAUGAUGCAACGGUACGAGCCGAGAGAGUGAGGCGGCGGUUGAGGGAUGUUGCUAGGACUGGGGGCUAUAAGAAUAUCAUGGUCGUCACGCAUCGAGGCAUUGCUGCGUUUUUGGUGCAGGGUGAUAGAUUCAGUGUUUGUGAACACCGGUCAUAUCGCUUCGCCACGAGUGAAGAAGUCGACAAAGCGAGGCAUGGAGUUAACGUAGAUACCGGCCUCGACCAAGAUUUUGGUCCGACAGUGUUGAUACCAGCUGAGAAGCCGAAAGCUCGCCAAGAGCAGUCAAGUUGACGGAUACUAUCAAUAGAUGCAAACUCCUUGUCUGAAAGCAGGCUUGGGCGAUCAUGAGGGUUGAGAAUACAACCUCGACUACAGUGCUGACCCCGUCUCACUAAGCAAAAACAAUGAUCAACCGGAAAUAUUGCUACAAGAGUCCAGUGGUGGCCACGUCAACAUAAGCGGAAUACCACCCAUCCUUUCGCAAUCACCGAGCCCACUUUCAUCUCGCAAUUUGGGGUCCAUGACAAGUCCAAAUAAGCCGGAACAAACCCAUAAAAAACCCCUCCAGUUUCGAAACAAAACCUAAUUGGAUAAACAAGUAUCAGCGUCGGAGCUAUCCAGCAAACUAUCGAUAGUUUAACUAAAAUAAAGAAGCGCUCUAGCUAAGCC